AUGACUCGUUUCAGGCCCUGUAUCGAUCUGCACGCCGGUGCGGUGAAGCAGAUUGUUGGUGGCACUCUUGACAGCUCCUCGGAAGCUCUGAAGACCAACUAUGUCUCCAAGCACCCCUCGUCAUACUACGCACAACUCUACAAAGACAAUGAUCUUACCGGCGCUCAUGUCAUAAUGCUUGGCCCUGGGAAUGAGCAAGCCUCUCAAGAAGCACUACAGGCGUGGCCAGGUCGCCUCCAGGUAGGAGGUGGCAUUUCGGAUAAAAACGCCCAAGAAUGGAUAGAUGCAGGCGCAGAAAAGUUGAGUCAGGUCAUCAUCACUUCAUUUUUGUUCCCAGAGGGCAAAUUCAGCCAACCAAGGCUGGAUUCGGUGCUCAAGUCCUUGGGAGGUGACAAGAAUAAGCUGGUUAUCGACCUAAGCUGUCGCCGCCGAGGCGACGAGAGCUGGUUCGUUGCUAUGAACAAGUGGCAGACAAUCACCGAUAUGGAGGUGAACUUGGAAACGAUCAAGGCAUUGGAACCUUAUUGCUCCGAGUUUCUCAUUCACGCCGCGGAUAAUGAGGGCUUGCAGAAGGGGAUCGAUGAGAAGCUAGUUGAGCGGUUGGCGCAGUGGUGCUCUAUCCCCGUUACUUAUGCGGGAGGCGGCCGGAACCUGGACGAUUUGGAAGCCGUGAAGCGACUGAGUGCUGGCAGGGUAGAUCUCACUAUCGGGAGCGCUCUUGACUGUUUCGGUGGAUCCGGAGUCAAGUUUGAUGAUUGCGUAGCAUGGAACCGAAAGCAAGAUGCCGAGAGCGGGUAG